UGAGAGCAUUUGAUUGGUUCGACUAGAUGAAGUGAGAUAGGUAGUGGUUCUGGUUUUCUCUCCGUGCUCUUGCGAGGGUUUAACAAGACCACAAGACCAAGACCCACCACUACAGUCGUCCGAAAAAUAUGGUCCGAAGCGUCCGAAGCGAUAGGUGAUAGACUGAUACGUGAUCUCUGUGGUUUGUGUGCAUCGUCGAUGGUCAUUGGUCACACUUGAAUCGCUUGAACCUCAGUGAGCGCUCGCGAAAGAUAGAGAAAAUCGCGUGGUGUUAUCGGCUUGCAUUCUUCUGGGGUGAAAUAUUUCAGUGCGGGCAGCCCACGGAUAAGAUAGGGGUGGCAAGUGGAGUGAUCUACACAGUGGGAAAAUACCCAUUCGCAACGAACUCUCUCAAAGAUGUGUAUGCUGUUCCUGUACACAAAUCCGGACCCGGGAGAAGAGGGUUAUAGCCUUGUACUCCUGAGUGUCAGAGACGAGUACUUCCAUCGUCCGUCGAAGCCAGCGCAUUUCUGGGAGGAGGCGCCAGAUGUUCUUGGAGGCCGCGACCAAGAAAAGGGUCGAGAAGGUGGGACAUGGCUGGCUGUCACAAAGACUGGCCGCAUUGCUACACUCCUGAACAUCUUGCAAAGCCAGAGCGACAUUGACCCUACCAGGAAGGGACGAGGUUUUCUCGUUGUCGACUUCGUGAAAUCUUCUACAAGUGCCAAGGAAUAUCUCGAGAAACUCAGUCAUGAGCAGAACGACUACAAUGGAUAUAUUUUGGUCACCUUGGAAAUGAAACCAGCUCAGGGGAAGUCAUCCUUGAAUUACUUCAGCAACAUGAAGAACAGCAGCCCAACACAUUUAGAACCAGGAUUUCAUGCUUUUGGCAACAGUGUCCCUCCUCACUACUGGACAAAGGUGAAAGUUGGCAAAACGAAGUUUGAGAGCAUUGUGAAGGAGCAUAAUAAAUUCGCUCAGAGGGAUCAGCUUGCAGAGAAGCUUUUCGAGUUCGUUCAGGACAGCACCCCGUAUCCGGUCGAUAUUGAAAUGAAAAAGCAGGCGGAUGAGACGGACGAAAUGUUGCUGUGCCGCAAUGCGCUUAGGGUGCUUCUACCAAAAUGGAACUAUGGAACCAGGACCCACACCAUCUUGGUAGUUAACGCCAAAGGCCAGGCAGAGCUCGUGGAGAAGACCAUGAAAGAACCCAUCAACAUCAAUGGAGAUGUCGUGUGGGAAACAAGAAAGUUCACCUUCACCAUGGAAUAAUCAUAUCACGAAGGCAGCAAUGUUGGACUCACGGUCGCUAGUCUUUUGAGUGACUUAUGUCCAUCUCCCUUGUUUGUGAAUUAUUUUGUAAAUGGGUGAACAAAAUCACUUUUGCUAGCUAUGUGCAAACUUUCAUAAUUGCGAUGCUUUCCAAACCGAAUGGAGUUUUGUGAGCUCAUAAGCAUUGCACUGUGCAGGCAUUUAACGGUAACUUAUGUUCAUGCCUUCUCAUGAUACUUCCUUUAAAAAAAAAGGAAGCUCUAUGAUAGUGUUACGCUUCAAAUAGUUUACUGGAGUUAUGGAUAGAGCUUGUUGUAUAAAUAUGUUUUGCCAGUCAUCCGAAAGAAGAGAGUUAAUGGUUAAUAAAGAGGCUUGCUCUCUAAA